UUGUCGUCUAAAAUGAAACGAAAUUUGAAUAAUUUAAUUUAGUUGGAUUUGAAUAUGGGUGAGAGAGAAGUGCAUAUAUGUGGUGGGGAAAGUGGAUGCUUGGGGUAGUACUCCGCGCAUUGCGGAGAAGGCAAAAUUACACAUAUUAUUGUUCUGAUUUCAUCAGUCACUCCUAUGUAAAUUACGCGAUUACUUUCAACGUCUGUCUUUCUUAGAGACACAAGAUUAGAGAAACAGAGAGGGAAAAUAAAAGAAAAUUAAUAAAGAACAAGAAUUUGGAAUGGAAAGCAUACCGAGCUGGCAAGUAAUUUUUCUAGGCGAAAUAUGGAUUGUGUUUUCUUCAAUUCUCAAUGUGAGCCAGAAACUCAGAUCACUUACAUAGCCAUGGGUCUCUCACUAUGUAAUGUCUGGUACUUCCAUUGCUCUUAAGAUCCAGAGAUACGAGCAUAGAUAUUUGGAUUCGUUAUUUUCUGGGCUAUCUUUUGUCGUUUCUGUGCCUUUCUACACUGCCUUUCUUCAUUUGCUCUUCUGGGAUGUGGCAUCAGCACGCAGUCCAAGUUCACCACCUGUUAGGAGAGUAACAGCCACCAAAGAUGAGGAAUCGGCACCCAAACCACCUUCACCACCAAAGAUGAACUACAGCCACCAAAGAUGAGGUCUCUGUGCAAAGCGGAGACGUAGUAACCCUGCGUUGCGCGGAGACGUCACGGUAGCUCCGUGCAGCACUGUCUUCAAGCGUGCUACGUAGUCUCCACACAUCUCCAAUUUUUCCCCCUUCCUAAGACUUCCUCUACACCUUAAUCCUAAAACUUGCAGCUCUCAUUUCUUCUCCUGCCUUUUUUCAUAACUUCCUGAUUUUUGGAGAUAUUUUAGGAUUGUCAGUUUUUGGUGAAAUUUUAGUCAAAUUUGAUUAGAAACGUGUCAAUGAACUUAACUCAACAGCUUUGUAGUUGACUUAGGACCAAUUUUGGGCAAAUUUCUUGGUUUAUGCGUCCUUUCCUUUUUGGUAAAUUUUGUUCGGUUAUAUCUCGACUAAUUUAAGUCGAAUUUGAAUUCCGUUUGUUGGAAGAUAAUUCUUAAGAUUAGGACUCUCAAUUUUAAUCAUUAUCUUGAUUUUUUCCAUUUAAAAUUUUUUUUUUUUGGAAUUUAUUUUCACUAUAUAAAACAUUGUAACUAACUGGUAGAAAUAAAAAUUUUUGGGAGUUUUUUUCCUACUAAGGUGAGACUUUGGGUCACAUGAUUUUUUACUUGUGACUACAAUGUUUUGAUUACAAUGGCAAUGAGAGAACGACAGUCAUCAACACUGAAAUUCCUCUCUUUACUUAUGGUAGAUUGAGGGUUAACUGUUUUUUAUCUUGUUUUGAACACAUUAUUGUUAUUUUAUGCGUUAAAAUUUUGAUGGAGGACUCAUCAAUUAUAUUUAUUUAGGUUAAGUUAACAUUGUUUUUCGUGUUAAAUUUUUUGAUGAAGGAUCUCAAUUGACAAGCAUGCUCUCCUUAUUCCACCAUUCAUGGGUUGGGGAAAGCAAAUCCAUCCUAUACCAUUUUCUUAUUCCUCAAUGACUAGUAAUUUCUUUGAGAUUUACUAGAGGAGUUCCUAAUUAAUUUUCUAGGAUUGGAUAAAAGGUAAGUACUAAUAUGGCAGUUCAAAGAUUUGGCUGUGUAUGGGCAUGUUACCAUUGUCUGGAAGGAAGGAAUGUAGGAAUGGAAGGAAAAGUGGAAUGAUAAGCUUCAAGUAGUGAAGCAUCAAGGAGAUAAAGUUGGAAACAAUGGUGGAGAUAAGAUGGACGAUCCUAAUUUACCCAAGUAGGUCCGCCUAUUUUAUUUCUUUUAUCAUACGGUUCUGCUGUCUGUACAAGCCACACACAAUACGGGGGGUGGGGUAAUUUUUUUUAUUUUUAUUUUUUUAAUAAUCACCCAUCCCCCACCCCCCUCACCUAGCAUGUGAGGGGCAUGUACAACAGGCAUUUUCCUUUAUCAUAUGUUGCUUUGCAGAAUCUGACUUUAGUGUUUUUAUUUAUAAAUUGUUUUUAUGUUUAGU